AUGUCUUACCCAGCAUCCCGGAACAGGAGCGAUGAAGACUUCUUGCUUGUUGUAUCUGGUACUACACGUUAUGCUCCCUACUUGACCGGGUGGCAGGAAUUCAAGGAUCAUCUUCGCAAGGUGGUCAAGGAGCAGCCAGGAUGGGCUGAUGUAUACUCUAGCCAGGGUCAACGACGAGGAGAGAUGCAGGGCUGGUGCCGACUCAAGGAUAGAGAAGAUGCUGAUGCAGUAUACAAAGUUUACUACCGAUCCAAGGGCAUGCUGGUGCAUGUAUGGGAGACCAGCCGUAAGGGCGACGGUUACCGAUUGAUGCGCUGCAACUGCUCCACGUCAUUUCCGGAAGUACCCGAAGGAGGCCAUUCCACUGGGCGUUGUGGCAUCGAUAUCGGAAGAGUGAAUCAGCUGGGUGGUGGCCGAGCGAGUGCCACUGCGGCGUCGACGCCAUACAUGGCAGAACAGUCCAGGUACCCGUACGUGAUGUACCCGCAGAUGCAUAUCUGUCCGCCACAGCAGCUAGCAUACGCCCCUGCCACAAUUCAUCCAGCUUAUGCGUUACCGACACCACCAGUCUACUCGACUAGCAUGAAUGGAAUGCCAGUGAAUGUUCGGGGCGGAGCAGUCUUAACAGAAGCCCGCGGUGUUUUCAUUCGUAAUCUGAGUUAUAAAUGCACACCAGAUGAUCUCAACGCGCUUUUGUUGCAGACUGUCGGGUACGCUAUCGAUAUCCAACUUAUGAAAGACGGCAGGACCGGUGUCUUCAAGGGUGUGGCAACCGCCAAGUUUGCGUCGAAGGAGCUGGCGCAACACGCGGCAAACACGCUGAACGGACAAGUGCACAUGGGGAUGACACUGCAUGUGCGCAUGGACACUGAUACCACCGUUGUUGGACGAGCCGAACCCAUGGUCGUGAAUGGGUCGUACAGACGCUAA